UACGAGAAGUGCAGGAAAGAGUUACACGAGUCCAUAUUGAAAAAGCGAACCAUCGACAAAAAGCUAACUGAUCUUGAGGACGAUAUCUUUGAUAAGGAAACCAUCUACUUGAGUGACAAUUUAUCUGGAAAUUUGAUCAAGGGAUUUGAGAACUUUACAAGAACAACUCACCAUCAUUCAAAUUCUACUAGAUUCAAGAAAAACCAAUUCACUGACGACGACAGAAUCUUCUCUCUUAGCAGUGCUGUGUAUAUCAAA